CUUACCGUUAUCGAUUGGCAGCCCGCGCAUCAAACAUGUUCCACCCACAAUUAUUACGGUCACUAUUGCUGUGCCUUGGCCUCUGUCUGGUCUUGAUUCAGGCGAGAACUGCCAAGCGCUCGGAUGUUUAUAUAGCUGGCUUUUUUCCGUAUGGCGAUGGCGUGGAGAACUCGUAUACGGGACGGGGAGUUAUGCCUAGUGUUAAAUUGGCGCUGGGUCACGUCAAUGAGCAUCCACAGAUAUUGACAAACUACAGACUGCACAUGUGGUGGAAUGACACACAGUGCAAUGCUGCUGUGGGCGUGAAGUCCUUUUUCGACAUGAUGCACUCGGGUCCCAACAAGGUGAUGCUCUUUGGUGCCGCCUGCACCCACGUCACCGAUCCCAUAGCCAAGGCCAGCAAGCACUGGCAUCUCACCCAGCUUAGCUAUGCGGACACUCAUCCCAUGUUCACCAAGGAUGCGUUUCCCAAUUUCUUUCGAGUGGUGCCCUCGGAGAAUGCAUUCAAUGCGCCACGCCUGGCAUUGCUCAGGGAGUUUAACUGGACACGAGUGGGCACCGUUUAUCAGAAUGAACCACGCUAUUCCCUGCCACACAAUCAUAUGGUCGCGGAUCUGGACUCCAUGGAGCUCGAGGUGGUGGAGACCCAAAGCUUUGUCAAUGAUGUCGCCGAGUCACUCAAGAAACUACGUGAAAAGGAUGUACGCAUCAUUUUGGGCAAUUUCAAUGAACACUUUGCCCGGAAAGUAUUUUGCGAAGCUUACAAAUUGGAGAUGUAUGGACGAGCUUAUCAAUGGCUGAUUAUGGCCACUUACACGACGGAUUGGUGGAACGUCACGCUGGACAGUGAGUGUACUGUGGAGGAGAUUGCCACGGCCCUGGAAGGUGCCAUGUUGGUGGACCUAUUACCAUUAUCAACCAGUGGAGAUAUAACAGUGGCCGGCAUUACGGCGGAUGAGUAUCUGGUGGAGUAUGAUAGAUUACGCGGCACGGAAUACUCGCGCUUCCAUGGCUACACCUAUGAUGGCAUCUGGGCAGCCGCCUUGGCCAUUCAGUACGUGGCUGAGAAACGUGAAGAUCUGCUGACACAUUUUGAUUAUCGUGUCAAGGAUUGGGAGAACAUCUUCCUAGAGGCACUACGUAACACAUCCUUUGAAGGAGUAACUGGUCCUGUGCGCUUCUACAACAACGAGCGCAAGGCAAACAUUUUGAUAACCCAGUUUCAAUUGGGACAAAUGGAGAAGAUCGGUGAAUAUCACUCCCAGCAGGCGCACUUGGACAUGACAUUGGGCAGGCCAGUGCGUUGGGUGGGCAAGUCGCCGCCCAAGGAUCGCACUGUGGUCUACAUAGAACACAGUCAGGUCAAUCCCACCAUAUACAUUGUGUCAGCCAGCGCCUCUGUUAUUGGCGUGAUUAUAGCCACCGUUUUUCUCGCCUUCAACAUCAAGUAUCGCAAUCAACGCUACAUCAAAAUGUCCAGUCCGCAUUUGAAUAAUCUGAUCAUUGUUGGCUGCAUGUUGACAUAUCUGAGCAUUAUAUUCCUCGGCCUGGACACCACCCUGAGCAGUGUUGCCGCCUUUCCCUACAUCUGCACGGCACGAGCUUGGAUCCUUAUGGCUGGCUUCAGCUUGGCCUUUGGUGCCAUGUUCUCCAAGACGUGGCGUGUGCACUCGAUCUUCACGGAUCUAAAGCUCAACAAGAAGGUGAUCAAGGACUAUCAGUUGUUUAUGGUUGUGGGCGUGUUGUUGGCCAUAGAUAUAGCUAUUAUAACCACCUGGCAGAUAGCUGAUCCUUUCUAUCGGGAGACCAAGCAGCUAGAGCCAAAGCAUCAUGAGAAUAUUGAUGAUGUGCUUAUAAUACCCGAGAAUGAAUACUGCCAAUCGGAGCAUAUGACGAUAUUUGUUAGCAUUAUCUAUGCAUAUAAGGGCUUGUUAUUGGUUUUCGGCGCCUUCUUGGCCUGGGAAACCCGACAUGUCUCCAUACCAGCACUUAAUGAUUCCAAGCAUAUUGGUUUCUCAGUCUAUAAUGUGUUCAUCACCUGUAUCGCCGGCGCAGCCAUUUCGCUGGUGCUAUCGGAUCGCAAGGAUUUAGUUUUUGUCUUACUCUCGUUUUUUAUAAUUUUUUGUACGACAGCCACUUUGUGUUUGGUGUUCGUACCGAAAGUAAGACUGGUACUUGUGGAACUCAAGCGCAAUCCUCAAGGAGUUGUGGACAAACGAGUACGUGCCACAUUGCGUCCCAUGUCUAAAAACCGACGCGAUUCCUCGGUCUGUGAGCUGGAACAGCGUCUGCGCGAUGUGAAGAAUACCAACUCCCGCUUCCGCAAAGCUCUCAUGGAGAAGGAGAACGAGCUGCAGGCGCUGAUCCGCAAACUGGGACCGGAGGCACGCAAGUGGAUCGAUGGCGUCACUUGCUCCGGUGGCACCACUGACCUGGAGCCCAUCCUAAGCGAAGAUAUUGCCAGACUCUCAGCUCCACCCGUGCGACGAGAGAUGCCGAGUACUACAGUUACCGAGCUGACCUCCGUGGAUAGCAUUACCUCCACGCAUGUUGAAAUGGACAAUUCAUUUGUCUCUGUCCAGUCCACGACACUGGCUCCGUCGUUGCCGCCCAAAAAGAAGAAACAAUCAAUUGUAGAGCAUCAUGCGCCUGCUAUGAUGCAACCCAUACAGCAGCAGUUGCAACAACAUCUGCAGCAGCAGCAGCAAUUGCAGCAGCAACAACAGCAACAUCAGCAGCAGCAACAACAACAACAACAAGCAUCAUCACGACAUUCUGGAGAACAGACCAGACAUAUGCCAAUAUGGAGAACAGUAGAAACUGGCGACUGUGCUGCCAUGCGGGAACGUCGACAAUCCAAUUCAUCCCGCCACUACGAAAGCGGCAGUCAGACGCCAACGGCAAAGCCCAAGUACAGUACCACACAUCGAAACUCCUCCACGAACAUUUCCACCUCACAAUCGGAGCUGAGCAACGUUUGUCCGCACAGCAAACCCGGAACUCCAGGCGUUAUCAAGACUCCCUCUGCCUCGGACCAUCGACGGACAAGUAUGGGAUCGGCGCUCAAGUCAAACUUUGUUGUCUCGCAAAGCGAUCUCUGGGACACACAUACGCUCUCACAUGCCAAGCAACAUUCCCGGCAGUCGCAACGGACUUAUGCCAGUCCACAGCGUUGUUCCGAGCACCAUGGACACGUGAUGGCCUAUGAUCAGAGCACAACCUCGCCCAUUCAGCGCUCCGUCUCGGAAAAGAAUCGCAAUAAGCAUCGACCCAAGCCACAGAAGGGCACCAUUUGUCAGAGUGAGACGGACAGCGAGCGGGAACGCGAGCCAACUCCAAUCAGCGUGCAGCAAUGUGCUCAACCUCGCAAAUUCAAUCGCAACUCCAACAUUCAGCAUGCGGCACAUCAUCACAGCUCACCGAAUGUGGCGCCGGAUAAGCAAAGGAAACAACGCAAUAAAACCGAGCAUUCCAUCUAUGGUGCCAGCUCCGAGACGGAACUCAUCGAGGGCGAGACGGCCAUAUUACCCAUAUUCCGCAAACUGCUCACGGAGAAGAGUCCCAACUAUCGUGGUCGCAGUGUCGUUGGACAGAGCUGUCCAAAUAUAUCCAUCAAAUGCGAUAUCGUUGAGUACUUGUAAUCGAAAAUGAUGAAAUCCGAGCAUGUCGGAUACAGUUUUUAGCCGUUUGGGUUGAUUUGUAGGUACAGACUCCUUAAACUCCACAUGGAAUGCAAUGUCUACUAAAGUGAAGCAAGAUACAGAAUUUCGUAAAUUGCAAGCACACCAUAGUAUUGAAAUUUAGUUGAGAAAUAAAAAAAGAAUAAUUGAUAUAAGUAA